GCGUCUCGAGCCGCCGCCGCGAGAGCAUCCCCUCCGCCGAGAGCCGCUCGCGCCGCCGCCCACCCCCGCCGCCUCCGCCGCCGCCUCCGCCGCCGCCGACCGCCUCCGCCGAGGGAAGGGAAGCGUAUCGUAUGUCCGCUAUCCAGAACCUCCAACCCUUCGACCCCUUUGCUGAUGCAAGUAAGGGUGAUGACCUGCUCCCUGCCGGCACUGAGGACUACAUCCAUAUAAGGAUCCAGCAGCGGAACGGCAGGAAGACCCUCACCACAGUCCAGGGCAUCGCGGAUGAUUACGAUAAAAAGAAACUGGUGAAGGCCUUCAAAAAGAAAUUUGCCUGCAAUGGUACUGUAAUUGAACACCCUGAAUAUGGAGAAGUGAUUCAGUUGCAAGGCGACCAGCGCAAGAACAUAUGCCAGUUCCUCGUAGAGAUUGGACUGGCUAAAGACGACCAGCUGAAAGUCCAUGGGUUUUAAGUGCCUGUGGGUCAGUGAAGCUUUAUGCAAGAAGAUUUCCUUACCAUGAAAUUCCCAUCUGUCCCUUGUCAUAAGUUUAAAACCAGCCGGUUUGUGUAAUGUAACUCUCUUGGGUCCACUAUUCAGUCUGGACUAGUGUAAUUCAGUGAUGUAAUAAACUCACAAGAGCCCAUGCUAUCUCGUCUUGCUGUCCCUCAUUUAACAGAGGUAAAUCGGGCAUUUGGCAUGGUCCAGCCUGCAGCUAAAAGUAACCAGAUGUUCCAAGUUAAGCCAAGGGACUCGGCCCGUCAGUCCAGAGACUGUCCGGAUUGCUCCUCAGUCCAGCUGCUCUUCCAUUCUGAUGGACGGUAACUCUGGCGGUGCCUCCUGCGGUCCUACACGGAGCGAGGCACCGAGCGUGAGCCGUGACAUGGCAUGGGGAGAUAGCACCUUCCCUCUAGGCAGUGUUGGCUCCUGGUGGCAGAGGGAUUUGGGGAAGCUUGACGAUGAACAAGAGGAGUAACUGAAGAGUGACUUCAAGGCUGGAUGUCUGCGGUUCAGGCCUGGCAGGUGCCGGUACCCUACAAGCCCCAAGGUACCGGGGGUACUCAAAGGAACCGUUACCUUGGGUUAAACUUUUGACAAGGGAUCAAUUUUGGACUAAUGUAACAAGCAUCAUUGUAGAUAGAGCCACAGAGCUUAUGUGUUCUAGCAACUGCUGCCGAAUGCCCUGUGAAGUAACAGAUUUUUGGUUUCAUUUUUAAUGUUUUAUGUAAUGUAUUUAAAGUCUUAUUUAAAUAAAAAUGGUUUUCAGAAGCA